GCCUCCUGCACUUCCAAAAUUCUGUUUCUCUCCCGCCAUCUUUUCUUUCAUUACAUUUUCCUCAAAUCACAACCAACAAUCUUUCAUAAUAUCAAUGGAGGAUCAAGAUCAAGAUCAAAACACAAACCUUGACAACGAACCCACAUCAGUUUCUUCUCACGGUCACAAACUCUACCAACAAAUAGAUACAUUCAUAUCUAUAUUACACGAUCAACCGGACUCAUCGUCUCCGCCUGAAAUCGUCGAACCCGUUCAAAAUUUUGCGGAUCUUUUUGAUGCUAUGCUCGCGGCGUUUGAAUCCGGAUCCAAGAGAUGUACAGUGUUCAAAACGGAUGAACCAUUAUGUUUUCUAGAAUCGGUUGAUCGAACGGCUAAGCUUAUUAAAUCUUUACGUAGAUUCGAUUCGGAUCAAAUUUACGCUGUCGCAAUCAAUAGGUUGAGCGGAAUCCAGCAGCGUGCAAUGUCAAUAAUGGAGGACGAAUUCAAGUCGAUUUUAGAUGAUUAUCAAACGUCAUAUGAUCGAGAUCAGAAAGCUAAAACCGAUGAAACGAAAACCGUACAUUUGUCCAGUUCUUCGAGCAAUGUUGAAGAUUCGUCCGAAUUGGAAUUGCCAGAUCAAGAUCAAGCCGAACCUCAGCUGGAGAAAGAUGAGUUUCUUGGAUAUUCGGAUGCGUUGAUAUCCGAUUUGAAUAAACUCGUUAACGGAUUGAUUCAAGGAGGUCAUGAGACGGAGUGUAGCGAAUUAUAUUUCUUGGUUCGAAGAAACGCUAUGGAACAAAACUUAAAAGCUAUAGAAUUUGAGAAAUUUUCGAUCGAUGAAAUGCAGAAGAUGCAGUGGGAUCUUAUAGAGAAAGAGAUUUCUUCAUGGAUAAUAAUAUUCAAACGGUUUUGCAAUUCGCUUUUGCCUAGCGAAAAGAGGCUCGCGGAUGAUGUUUUUUGGGGUCACACCGCCAUCUCUAAUCGCUUGUUUAGCAACCUAACACGGAACAUCCUCUUGUGCUUUUUGAACUUUGCGGAAGCUGUCAUGAUGACGAAACGAUCGGCUGAAAAACUGUUUAAGUUUCUAGACAUUUACGAGACGUUGCGGGACAACAUUCCAACGGUGGAGAAACUGAUCAUUUCGGGUGAGUGGUUACCCCAACUUAAAUCCUCGGCGGUAUUAAUCAGGUAUAUGCUAGGAGAGUCUAUCUUCAUGAUCUUUAUAGAACUUGAAAACUCUAUAAAAUCCGAUACUUCGAAAACACCUGUUCCUAGUGGAGCGGUACAUCCGUUAACUCGUUAUACAAUGAAUUAUCUAAACUACGCCUGCGAGUACAGCGACACAUUGGAGCAAAUAUUUAGAGAUCAUCAAGAGAUAGGAGCCGACUUUGAUGAUUUGAAAUCUCAAGAUCACCAACAUAAUUAUGAAAGUAAUGAAGCUGGAUCGGGAUCUGAAUCUGGAUCUGGAUCGCCGUUCCAAGCUCAAUUAACGAAAAUUAUGGACCAGUUAGACACGAACCUAGAAGCAAAAUCGCGAUUGUACAAAGAUCCAGCAUUAAGCUUGAUUUUCAUGAUGAACAACGGGCGGUACAUCUUGCAGAAGACAAAAGGGACCGGUGAAAUGAGGACUUUGCUAGGGGAUCCAUGGGUGAGGAAACGUUCGUCCGACUUACAAAACUACCACACGUGUUACAAGCGCGAAACAUGGACAAAUGUGUUACAAUGUUUGAGUCACGAAGGAUUAAGCGCGAAUGGGAAAGUGAAGAAGCCAGUGUUGAAAGAGCGGUUCAAGAGCUUUAAUGCUAUGUUUGAUGAGAUCCACAAGACACAAACCGCGUGGGUGGUGAGUGAUGAGCAGCUUCAGUCGGAAUUGAGGGUGUCGAUAUCUGCAAUUGUUAUACCUGCCUAUCGGUCGUUUAUGGGGAGGUUUAGUCAGGUGUUUACACCGGGAAGACAAACGGAAAAGUAUAUAAAGUAUCAACCGGAAGAUGUAGAGACUUGUAUUGAAGAGUUGUUUGAUGGGAAUGCAGCUCAACAAGGGAAAAAGAGAUAAUAAUGUAUAUGCAUAUGCAAAUAUCAAUGUUAAUAAAUCAAGAAACAUUCAUGUAAAGAAGCUGCAAAUUAAUGAGGUUUUGUUAUAUAUAUAUUUGUGCAUAA